UUGAGGAAUUAAUAACAACGUGACAAACACAGGGAAACUGACGUUAAUGUUUCCACCAUAUGUUCACGUACGUUUCUGAGAAAGGUAAUACAGCAGGCAGUUUCAUCAGAGCCGAGCUCUGAGCUGGAGUCGGUGCCGCUACAGGAUUGCUCAAUGGUUGUGUCACCAGGAGGCUGGACUGGUCGGGCGGAGUGUUUGAGCUCUGAUCUCAACAUCACCGGAGCUCACUCGCUCACUCACUGCCUCUCUGUGAGUGUGAGGCGGUCUCUCCGUCUCACCCCCCUCUCUCUCCCUCUCUCUCUCUCUCUGUCUCUCUCUGUCUCUCUCCCUCUCUCUCCAGUCUUUCUUUCUCUAUCUCUCUCCCAGUCUGGACUCGGAUUUUUUCUCAUCCAAAAAGUACACAGACCUCAGAGCCGCGGGCAUUCGCUCUCCAAAAGGACGUGGGGUUGGAUUAUUACCAAAAAAGACGCUGAAGUUUCAUUUAUGAUGAGGCUCACACGGAGUAAUGGAGCGCGCACUUUGUAGUUUAUUUUAACUACUGAAGGACUCAUAAUAAACAAGUCGAGGGUUUUGUUUUGUUUUUAUUGUUAUUUUUUUAAUCGUGUCAGGAUGAACUUGCAGUGGAGCAACCCGGCACCCUGCAUCCGCACCGGGAGAGGUGCGCACAAGCGGCUGGACUCAGACGACCAGCCACCGGCCAAAUGCGCAAGGCUGAGCGCCGAAGCCGGGGACACACAGGGACUCCUCGGUACUUCUCCCGGGUCCCCUGUGAGCCCAGUCUCAACACCUAUCCCUGCGACCCACCAGGGGCCAUCCAGGAUAGGACCGUUUCUCCUUCUACCUCUGUCGGACCGGGAGAGCGUGCAUAGCGCGAUGAACACCGACACUGGCGAUGAGCUACUGUGCAAGGUUUUUGAUAUGGGAGUUUACCAGGAAAAGAUCAGACCCUAUGGGAUCCUACCAGCUCACAAGAAUGUGGCCGGCAUCAGGGACAUCAUUCUCGGCGAACGCAAGGCCUACGUGUUCCUGGAUAAGGACUUUGGGGACAUGCACACCUUGGUGAAGAGCUGUCGCAGGCUGGAUGAGGAGCACGCCUGCAGGCUCUUCCGUCAGGUGGCUCAGGCUGUGGCACACUGCCACCAGGCCGGCAUCGUGCUGGGUGACCUCAAGCUCCGCAAGUUUGUCUUCGCUGAUGAGAAAAGGACACAGGUGAGACUAGAAAGCCUCGAGGACUGUCGCGUCCUGGAAGACCCCAACGAUGACUCCAUGUCAGACACCCACGGCUGCCCCGCCUACGUCAGCCCAGAGAUCCUCAGCAGCUCCGCGCCUUACUCCGGCAAGAUGGCCGACAUGUGGAGCCUGGGGGUCAUGCUGUACACCAUGCUGGUUGGCCGCUACCCCUUCCACGACCCAGACCCGGCCACGCUGUUUUCCAAAAUCCGCAGAGGCCAGUGCUGUUUGCCAGAGGGCUUGUCGCCAAAGGCCAAGUGUCUGCUCCAGAGCCUGUUGAGGAAAGAACCCUGGGAGAGACUCACCGCGAAUGAGCUGUUCGCUCACCCGUGGUUCCACCAGCCGCCGUCGUCGCAGGAAGUGGCGCUGGGUGAACAGGAAGUGAGCUCGGCGGAACAGAUGGUGCCAUCGUUUGACGUGGAAGAGGAUGACGAUCUGUUCUGCUGACAGACUCGAUUCAGAUGAGUCUGUCUGAGGGACCAAAACAAAAAAUCGCUAUGAGGGACUCAUUGUUUCUUUUUUCUUUUUUUUUUCUUUUUUUUUUAAAACAUUGGCACUUUUUAGAAACCCAUUUGUGUACUGUUGAGUGUACAUACACCCUCAAGCUUUCUACAAAAACUUACUGUACUGUAUUUUGUUGUCGUAUGUGUUACUUGCUAAGGGCAUUGUUCACAAUGAUCAUUCAUUGUGUUUCUAUACGUGUGUUUUUUGAAAUUAUUUGGUGCUAAAAGAAAUAACAAGGACUCAGAAUUUGCCAGAUUAUGUUAACAAAAUAAUCUCUGCAGGCUAUUAUGAGUACAUCACACGACAAACAGCAAACACCAGUGCUUGCACAGCUCUCAGCCUGUGCUCAUGAGGCUUCAGAAGGCAUUGGAUGAAUCCUGAACGGGAGGCGAGGAAAGCGAGAUGUUGUUCCUCUCACUCUCUGACCAGGUUGGAGGCUUCACCGGCUGAUUCACCAAGCGGCUCGAGGAAAGGCCUAGUACAAGCUUGACGUCUCACAGCAGGCAGUGUCACAGAGUGAGAAAGAUGGUUAGCAGAAGACUGAUGUGUCACCCUCAGCGGGGAUGCUACAAAGGUGUUUCGCUGCCAAUCUGGCAACGUCUCAGCAUUUACAAAUCUCCCACCAUGCGCAGGAGGUUGAGAAAAGCAGGGUGUGACUGAUGUGAAGACUCAGAAAAGCAGAGUUUGUCACACACACCCCCAACAUUAAGCAGUGGGCUAACACGAGUCUUUGUAUAUGGCUAAAAGAGAAAAGUACAUCUCAGUAGUUUUCUCAUUUUUACCCGCUGAAACUAAACCAUUUACCUUAUUUUUUACAGUUGAAUACAUGGGAUAAAGGGUGCAUCUGUACAGGAAGUGUCUAUUACCUUGCAAAUUUGACUGUGAUCAAUCUGUUCUCAAAUGUGUGCGAUCAGCCACAGCUAAACCUAACACUAGAUGCUGGAAGAAACUCUGGAUUGUUGGAGAGAUGGUUGGGUAAUUCAAUAAAAAAAAAAAAAAUCCAUAUAAUUCAAAUGGUACUUCCGACUAACGCAAUAUAAAUUAUCUCUCAAUCCAUCGAUGUUCGUAUUUCUUAAGAAAAACAUCCAGUUGAAGAACCAUCAAAUCAGAAAAUGGAAGACGGUUGAGCAGUUGAACCUGUUUUGUUGAUUUCUGUCAGAACAUUAUGUCAAACUGUGUUGCUUUAACAAAGCUGAGCUGUGCAGAGUGUUGUGCCCGUAUCACUGUGUUUCAUAAACUUAAUGGCUCUGAAUCUGUCGCAGUCAGGCAAUAUUUGAUGUUGUGGUUGUCUGAUGAUGACUCAACACUCGAGUGUGUCUGUAGAGAAUGGUCCUGACCUUGGCUGUAAGAAUCUGUUCUGACUGUUUCACCUCUUUAAUGGUACUCCCACCCCCCCCUUUUCUUUAUAAUCUUUUUGCCGUUGAAAGCUGUGGAUCCACGGAGACUAGAUAUCAUAGUUAGUGACAUGAUGUACCACAUACUAAAAGAUGUUUUUAUCUCGGGUAGUGACAGGCGGAUGCAGCGCUUCUGUGACGUUCAAGCCUUUUACAGGCUAGUGUGGCUCUGUAAGCCAGCUCAUUCUGGCACAGUUAUUUCAACAAUGGUACUAAAUCUGGCAAAUCUGAGAAGCGCUGUGCAUUAAAGUUUUGGGUCACGCAGUAGGCUAAUAAAACGUCUGUUGCAAUUCUUUAAUUAUUUUCUCUCAUCUGUUGGAGAAACCAGAUGGGAGCAGACUUGUGACAAUCUGAAUUGUUCCACACAGAAAAGUAAUUUAAAAUGAUUUAUGGUUUUGUUUCUGGUUCACACAUCAUUCAUGUGACAUGUAGAGUAAACUGACACGGGUGCACAAACUUCAUAUUGCACUGUGAAUUAUGUAUUUGUGACACAACCUAGCGGCUAUUAUUAGUCCAGACAGGUUACACACAAGAGAUAUAUUCAUUGUACAAAAGGUGUAAAUAUGUAUAUUUGAAAUAUGUGUGGAGAUGUUGAAUAAAGAUCACAUUUUUUU